CUGUAAUGUUUCAGAGGAGAUCACCUAUAAAAGAGAGAUGAGACCGCAUCCCGGCGGAGCCGUCUGGUAGUAUCAUCCAUGGCGAGGUCAAAGGCGAGAGUGUACACUUGUCGCGCACUGACGCUGCUCUGCGUGGUUACUAUAAUCGUGUGUAUUGUUCUGCUUUUGAGGCGCAAGUGUCCCGUUGAUACUUUCUCAAGUGCUGCAGUGGCUGCAGACUCAGGGAAAUGUUCAGAGAUUGGACGGGACAUCCUUCAAAGAGGGGGCUCAGCGAUAGAUGGCGCCAUCGCCGCGCUGCUCUGCACCUCCGUCAUGAACCCGCAGAGCAUGGGCAUCGGAGGGGGGUCCAUAUUCACGGUGAUGGACCGCUCUGGGAAAGUGAAAAUCAUCAACUCCAGAGAGACUGUACCUCAGAAGUUUAAAUCUGACCUGCUGAAGACAUGUCCCAAGACCUUCCAGCUGGUGUCAGGAAGCCAGUGGAUUGGGGUCCCAGGGGAAAUUCGAGGUUAUGAACUGGCACACAGGCUUUAUGGGAAGUUACCGUGGGCCACCCUCUUCCAGCCGGCCAUCCAACUGGCCAGAGAAGGGUUUCCUAUUCCUCCAGUCCAAGGUCGAUACAUCCAAUACAUUGAUACGAACCAGACCCAGUCACUACGGAAGUUAUAUUCAGAUAAGGAUGGGAACUUGCUGAAGACUGGUGAUGUAGUGAAGUUUGAGAAACUGGCUGACACGUUUGAGAUGAUUGCAAAUCACGGGGCAGAUGUCUUCUACAAUGGAAGUAUAGCAGAGGAUUUAAUCCGUGACAUAGAGGAGGCAGGAGGAACGCUCACGGUGCAGGACUUGGAUUUGUAUAAAGUGACAGUGACUGAUGCGUGGACUGUUUCUUUGGGAGAGUACCAGAUGUACAUACCUCCACCCCCUGCAGGCGGCAUCCUCCUCAGCCUCAUCCUUAACAUUAUGAAAGGAUAUGGCCUGAAUUCAGCAUCUCUGACAGGUGAACAAAAGACUCUGGCUUAUCACCGCUAUGUUGAAGCUUUUAAGUUUGCUAAUGGAUUGAAGAAAUACAUCCGGGAUCCACAGUUCAACUCAGAAGAAAUGGCAAGGAAAUUCACAGAGGACAGCUUUGCCGACCAGAUACGGAGCCUGAUCAUCACCGACAGGACCCAUGAUCCCGAGUACUACAACACGGGCCCGUAUCCGGACAGCAUGGGCACCACGCAUGUGUCUGUGCUGGCUGAGGAUGGCUCUGCUGUGUCUGUCACCAGCACCAUCAACCACAUAUUUGGCUCCAAGGUCUUCUCUCCGCGCACUGGAGUCAUCCUCAACAAUGAGCUGUCCGACUUCUGUGGAAGAGUCGAUCACAUCUCUCCUGGGGAGCAGCCUCCCUCCUCCAUGGCCCCCGCUGUGCUGAAGUCUGAGUCGAAGACGCUGGUGAUUGGAUCGACUGGCGGGAGUAUGAUCACGACAGGGAUCGCCUCGACACUCAUGAACCACCUUUGGUUUGGAAAGAGCCUGAAGGAGGCGAUCGCUGCUCCAGUUGUUUUUGUCGACUCUCAAAAUGCUUUGAAGUUUGAGCCCAAAUUUGACAUGGAGGUAAUCGAGGCUCUAAAAGCUUUGGGACACAAUCAAGAAACAGCAAACCAUUUCUACAAUGUGGUCAACGCUGUGGAGAAGGAGGACGGCUGUAUCUGUGCAGUGUCUGAUGCCAGGAAACUGGGCCAAGCAGCUGGUUACUGAGACCGGGAGUCAGUGGCAUUGGUUAUGCAGGAUGGCCUAAAGGUUACAGAGACGUUCCUGCUGCCACAAACCCACAAAAGCCGCAACAGAUGGUAUUUGUCCUGCUGGAAAAUCAUUGUACAAGGCGCUGAAGGCGCUACAGGCGUCUUCAGCUGAACGCUAACAGUAGCCUGUAGCAGUUAAACAUGUGGCCUCUGACUGUAACACUGACAUGAUGGAUUUUACUGUGCAAGAAGAAACCACUGCUCUUACUUGUGAUAGUGUCUGGUCAGAUACUAUCAUAAAAUAAGAGCAGGAGGUCUCCUGUGACUCUUCUGUUCAGACUGUCUGUACACAUUUUUAUCUCUCGUGCCUUUUCUGACAUGUUUCUGUUGUAAAGUAGGGGACAGUACUGAUCAUUGUUCAUUCAUUGCAUUUUUCACUUCAUACAAGUGACUUGAUAGUACAUUCAUGUUAAUAUUUGAGGCAUAAAAUACAUAGCUAUACUGUACUGUGAAAUAGCUACAUAGCUGCUAUUUUAGACUGUCUCAUCAACUUGUUCAUUGCUGUUAUUAUGUAUUCACACUCUCAGUACAGGAGAACUGAGCUUACCUCCGUCAUAUACUAUAAUGAAUACUAUGCUAAAACAUCCUAAAACCUGAUUUUCAGUAUAACAUCCUGCAAGAAUUUUGUGUUAGCCAUCCAUACUUUGAAGGGUAGUUAUCACAAACUGACUAAAACUUUUUUUUUUUUUUAAAUAUUACUCAAAUACA